GUAGAUUUUCUUCUUUCAAUGUUUCACUCUUUGGAAAUUACUCAAGGGGUCGUUGUCUUUGAAAUAGUCAUUUUGACUUUUCGUCUCGGAUUUGAUCGUAUUUCAGGACAGCGAAUCUAACUAUUCAUUAGUCUCAAUAUAUCACAUCGUCAGCAGACUACAGUAUUGAUGAGUACACUUUCGUCUGUAGAUAGUUGAAGCGAAUUCACUUUUCUGUACGUAUUUUGGCGGUGAUAAUUACUUUUCCAUCAAUGGUCAGGUUUCAGAGACUAUAUAUAUCACGAUUAUGAAAAGAGUAUCUCACAUUCUCACAUUAUGGAAGGAACUUCUCGAACACUUCCUUAUACCAUAAGAUUCGUUGGUCUACUUGGCAGUCAUUCUCUUGGUAGAAAUCCAAAGUUUAUGGCUACUGCGGUAGAUUUAGGAAGAGAAUUGAUAAGGCGAAGAAUUAGUCUUGCUUAUGGAGGAGGCAACGUUGGCCUACAAGGAGCUGUUGCUUCAAUAGUCCUCAACAAUGGUGGUCUCGUUAGAGGUUUCAUUCCUGGGUACAUAGCAACACGACGGGUCUACGGACCUACAUAUGGCGUAGAGCACACAGUUUCCAGCAAUUACUACAAAUAUUUUGAGAUGAAUCAUGCCGUGGAAGCUUUCAUUGUUCUUCCUGGAGGAGUUGACACUAUGGAAGGCGACCAGGCAGGCGGCCGCCUACAAGGCCGCCUGCCGGACAUUGGCAAACGGCGAGAAUUGGCUCUGGCGGUGAACUCAAGCGCAGGCGGGAUAAAGUAAAGAGCGGAAUAAAAAGGAGUAAAGGGAGCACACCAAGAUUUACCCUGGUUCACCACAACUUGUGGCUAAUCCAGCCUCCCGAGAGACUCUCUCGAGCUACACUACUUCCGUUAAGCUUACGGGUGCUUAACAAACCGUUACAACCUGA